UGACGAAAGGCUCGUUAGCGAUGCUUGGUGGCUGAUAGUAGCUCUAUUUAAUUCUGGAGCGCAGGAGCAUCAGAGACAUAAAUUCUGUGCUACGUUCUACCAUGCCCCGCAAAAAACAGAAGACCAAAGCGGAGGACCUGGCCCGCGUGCGCAACAACCAGCGCCGCUGCAGACAGCGAAAACGCGAUCAUGUAGCUGAGCUAGAACAUGAACUUGCAUCCAUCAAGGAGGCUACUUCCCGUGAGAUCCUGGGACUGCGGUCUCUUACGGACAGCCUUCGUCGAGAGAACGAAAGUCUAACGGCUCUACUCGAUCUCCGCGGCAUCGACCACAAAAUACCUAGGGUCAGCAGGCAAGCAGAGUACGAUAAUAACGUCAUAGGCGAUAUAUGCAGGGAUCCGGCUCUGUUGAUGGACGAGACUAGCUUGGUGGGGCCAGCAAAAGACACACCAAUGGGACAGAUUUCCCAGCUCUGCUACUGUCCAUCGAAGGGUUCUUCUUCUGUUUCGUUUGAAGACCUCCUCAAAGAUUCCAACUGCCUCCCGAUUCCACCACAGGUGGCGCCAAUUUCUGCGUCUUUUUAUGACCCAGGUACCGAUGUACUGGAAACCGUCCUGAGAAAUGAGGUGUCGGAAGACAAGUACGAAGACACGACGGUGUGUGCCGUAGCUUUGGAGCUGGUCAUGAGUUGCAACACUAAGAACCUAAGUAUACUGGACCUUGAUAUGCGUCUUCGGUCGGGGUAUAGGAGCGCGCGCUUCCAAUGGGAGGGCUGCAGAGUCGAUAAUCAGGUCCUGUUUGCUGUCUUUGCUGAACUUACGUGAAGACGGCGUGGUCUAGCAGAAUGGGACAGACUAGGAUGAAUGAUGCUAUUUAAGGUCCUGCUUCCUAGGGUGGAAUACUUUCUUGGCAGGCGCGCAUUUGGGAGUAAGAAAUACGAGUCAACAAUUGACCACCAUCUCCCCUCAUUUUGGCCACAUGUUUGUUUCGUAUCACAUCCGGGGAAAGGAUAGGCUAUACAGGGCAAGACAUAUUCG